UCAUGCACACGCCCUGUGACAGUGAAAAAAAGUUGGCUGCUGCAGCGAGAAGUUAAAUCACGGAAAAGAUAUGUGCUGCUGCCUCAUCUAGAGCAAAGGAAAAAGAAGGAGCUGCUGCACUUAUUUCUCUUCAAUUUUCCUUCCGUCCUCAAAUCUAAACGACAUGGAGUCAGCCAUCCAGACUUUGGUGACCACAUUCCUUAGUUCUACCAGAGGCAAGGAGAACAUGGAUAGCAAGUCCUUCCAGAAGAUGGUAAAGAAGAACCUUGGCAGCGUCAUGGAGGACGCCAACAGCUCAGCGGCCGUCAAGGAAAUGCAAAACGGCCUGGAUGAGAACAAGGACGGGAAGGUCAACUUUCAGGAAUACCUCUCUCUGAUCGGCUACAUCGCCAAGGCCGUCAGCGAGAGCAAGUGCCCAUCCAACGCCGCGGCGUCGUAGACGCCCACCCCGUUUGCGUUCUGCGUUCUCGUGCGCUUCUUUCACAGUUAACCAACCUUUUUGUAUCGAAGCAUCCUGCUAACCCGCUAACCCAGGCUCCCUCCAUGUUGAGCUCAAGAAAACAUUGAAGAACUCCCAUGUCAUGAAUGCAAUUAAAAGCUUUGUACCGGCA